CGUGGACAGGACGGCCGGUUUUUCAGUUAUUAAAAUAAUUUAAUUAAAAUAAACGUUGAAAGUACUAAAGUUUGUGAAUUCUCUGUCUGAACGAAGCUACGUAGUCAGUGACCCAGUUUAAAUCCAGUGCAGUGCGGUGUUCGUGUGUGAAGUACUAAUCUUUUAGUGUCGGCAGUUUCGGCCUACUUUUAGGAUCAACUUUCACAAGAAAAUCCAAAAGAAACCAGCACAAUGUCUCAUCGUCAGCCAACAGUGCGUGGAGUGGCCAACUUCAACGCAGCGGAGGAUGCAGCGACGCUCCGAGCCGCCAUGAAGGGGUUCGGCACGGACGAGGAGGCCAUCAUCAACAUACUGUGCUCCCGCUCCAAUGCACAGAGGCAGGCUAUUGCUGCUGCCUUCACUCAUGAGUAUGGAAGGGACAUAAUCGAGGACCUGAAGUCGGAGCUCGGCGGGCACUUCGAGGACGUGAUCGUGGCGCUCAUGCGCCCGCCCGCCGAGUAUCUGUGCAAGGAACUUCACAAUUGCAUGGAGGGGAUGGGUACUGAUGAGGGGACCCUGGUCGAGAUACUGUGCACGCGGACCAAGAAGGAAGUGGCUGAUAUUGUGGAGACUUACGAGCGAUUGUACAACCGCCCGCUGGCGGAGCACAUGUGCUCGGAGACGUCGGGCGACUUCCGCCGCCUGCUCACGCUCAUCGUCACCUCCGCCCAUCAGGGGGCGCGCAGCGAGGAGGGGGGCACGGACGCGGCGCGCGCGGCGGAGGCGGCGCAGCAGCUCUACGACGCGGGGGAGGCCAAGUGGGGCACUGACGAGGAGAUCUUUAAUAAGAUCCUGGCGCACGAGAGCUUCGAGCAGCUCCGCCUAGUGUUCGACGCGUACAAGCAGCUGUCCGGCCGCACCAUCGAGCAGGCCAUCAAGGCCGAGCUCGACGGCGAGCUGCGGGACGCUUUGUCGGCUAUUGUGGAGUGUGUGGAGAACGCGGCUGCAUGGUUUGCGCAGCGGCUGAGGGGCGCGAUGCAGGGAGCUGGCACGGACGACGCGGCGCUUGUGAGGAUUGUGACGAGCCGCGCCGAGAUCGACCUCGGAUCUGUCAAGGAGGAGUAUGAACGCCUGUUUGACAAGACUCUGGAGAGCGAUCUGCAGCAGAACGAAACCUCCGGCGACUACAAGAGGGCGCUAGUGGCGCUUCUCAACCCACCGCAGUAAGGAGUAUCUGCAUUUUAUCUACCACCUAUUUAUAGCUUUAGAUAUUUGUGUAGAUUGUAGGGUGAGGGAAUUACACUUUGGUGUUAGGUAAGCGCACUGAAUAUUAGGAUUUGUUUGUUACCAGUAUUUUUGUUUUCACUAGAUGUCGCCACUUGUCAAAGUCUCUAAGUAUCGAUUGGUCUGAUAUAGACAGACAACCCAUACUUUCCACGUCGGUUCCUGUAUGUUUACCGUUCCAUUAGGUUAGGAAGAUGACACUUUUAAAUACUUAAAACUAAAUAGAUAAGUAAUUUCCCUCAUCAUGCUAUUUUAAAAUAUAUUGUCCUGUUGUAUUACAA